AUGCAGUGGAACGCAGUAGACGUCGUCGCGCUCGUCUCGUUCUGCGCUAUUCUUGCGCUCAUUGUCCGCCGCGCAUUCUCGCAGAAUGUUUUCCCGCCGGGGCCCAAGCCCAUUCCGCUCUUUGGGAACCUUUUCCAGCUCUCUCAGCAGCAGGAGUGGCUGCAGUUCACGGGCUGGGGCCAGAUAUACGGGGACGUCGUCACUAUGCGUAUCUUCAACAAACCGAUCAUACUCCUCAACUCCGCGCAGGCCAUCGUUGACCUCUUCGAGGCGCGCUCUGCCAUCUACUCGAACCGGCCCCAUCUCACUAUGGCCUGCGAUCUAAUGGGAUGGGGCGAAACGGUCGUGCUAAUGCCGUACAACGAGCGUUUCAAGAACUAUCGACGGCUCCUCAAAGUCGGCCUAAACACGCAUGUCACGCGCGAGUAUUGGCCGCUCAUGGAGAAAGAAAUAGCGCGCGAGCUCGUGUGGCUGCUCGACAACCCUGAUGCAUACGUGCAGUACUUCCGGCGCACCGCGGGCACUGUCGCUCUCAAGAUAGCAUAUGGGUAUCAGAACGAGAACAACGAGUUCAAGCAGAUCGUAAAGGACACUGAGGAUGCUCUGCGCAUGUUCGCAAUUGCUGCGCUCCCUGGCGUGUUCCUUGUAGACACGUUGCCCUUCCUACGCUUCCUCCCGCCCUGGUUCCCUGGUGCUGGAUUUAGGAAGCUGGGCAUGCGCACGCAGAAACUCAUCAAGGCCAUGAUCGACACGCCGUUUGGCAUGGUGAAGCGACAAGUGGAUGCAGGAACCGCUCCGCGGUCGUUCACCUCGGACUUACUGAACGAGCCCCAAGAAGAGCGCAGUACAGACGAGGACAUCAAAUGGGUGGCCGCGGGGCUCUAUGCCGGACAGUCUGACACGGCGCCACUUUCGACGUUUCUACUCUGCAUGAUGCUCUUCCCAGAUGUGCAGAAGAAGGCGCAGGCUGAGAUUGACAAGGUCAUCGGCGGCGACCGCCUUGCGUGCAUCGAAGACCGCGACUCGCUUCCGUACGUCGUCGCGGUCCUCAAGGAGGUCCUCCGCUGGCGCCCGGUCGUACCCAUGGUCUCGCAUUCCGUCACCCAGGACGACAUUUACCGCGGGUGGCACUUCCCCGCCGGCACCGCGCUCGUUGCCAACAUCUGGGCAGCGCUGCACGACCCCGCGCGGUACAACGACCCGGACGUGUUCCGGCCGGAGCGCUUCCUCGCGCCCGAGAACGCGCCGGACAGCUCGAGCUUCGCGUUCGGGUUCGGACGGCGCGCAUGCCCGGGCGAGGCCGUCGCGCACGCGUCGCUCUUCUGCACGCUCGCGCGCAUCCUCGCCGUGUUCGACAUCGCGAUGCCCGUGGGCGCGGACGGGGCGCCUGUCCGACCGAAGAUGGUAUGGUCGUCGGGGGUCACUAGCCACCCGGCUCCGUUCCAGGUGAAGAUCACACCGCGCUCGGACGCGGCUGUCGAGCUCAUCAAUCGGGCGCGAGACGAUGUGGAGUGA